AUGUCCGAGGGCGACGAGACGCUGUGGACGGCGCUCGACUCGACUCCUCCGUUGGAAAUCCCGAGGCACACGGACAGUCCCCGCUCGGUCCGCGUGGACAGCGCGUUCCGGCUCUCAAGGAUCUCCCGGGCCAGGCGGUCCAGCGACCACUCUCGGCGCAUCUCCUCCCUGCUCUACCAGAGCCGCAAGCACUCCUCGCGCAUCUUCUUCUACGGCGCCGUGCUGCUCUCGCUGGUGGUGCUGUCCAGCUUCGUCGUGCUCUUCUUCCUCCGCCAGAUCAAGGCCGUCAUGGUGGCCGGGCACACAGCCGACGUGUGCGGCACCGACGACUGCAUGCUGCACGCCAGCGAGCUGCGCGCCCGCAUGAACGCCGCGGCCGACCCGUGCCACAGCCUGCACGCCUUCGUCUGCGGCGGCGGCCCGCGAGCCUCGCAGCGCGACGAGGAGCGGCGAUCGACGCGAAUGUACGGCGAGGUCAUGGCCUACGACUCGCAGAAGUACCUCACGGCCGGCAACUGCAGCCACCGCGAGUCGCGCGCCGACACGAAGGCCCAGACCGCGUACGCGGCGUGCCUGAAGCGGACGCCUUCCGAAUCAGGAACGCAAGCGGCCCACUUCGUGGGCUUCAUGAAGGAGCGACGGAUACCGUGGCCAAACGACCCUCCGGAGCACGUCGACCUCCUGGACGUCCUGCUGGAUCUGGUGAUCAACUGGAGGGUCGCCCUGCUCUUCGACCUGAGACGAAGCACGAGAAAGUUCCACACGGCCAGCUUCGUGUUCCAGGAGCCCGGGCCGUUGAUCGAACUACGAAGGCAGCAGGUGGGUCACGUGUACGAGAACGAAGAGGACACCGAGCAGCUGAUCACGAGAGUCGCAACGUUCCUCGGAAAAAGCAGAGGGAACAUCACCAAGGAGCAGAUCGACGUCCUGCGUCGCGACGAGAUGACGCUCACGUCGAAUCUGGCACCAUGCAGCGACGAACACGGAAAUGACGUCCUCGUCACCCUGAAACAGGUCCAGGACAUGGCUCCAAACAUGAAGCCCCAGUCCUGGCUGACGCUUCUCAAACGCCACCUGAACGACGACUCGCUGACGUCGGAAACGACGGUCUUCGCCUACGACGAGCAGCGCCUCGAGGCCCUGUCAGAAGCUCUCACUUUGCUACCUCCGGCGAGAAGUCUCAACGUGGUCGGGUGGCUGUUUGCCUACGCUUACAUCUGGGUCGUGAACCCCGACUUCGAUCAGCUUCGGCUCAGCGGCGACAACGAAUCUAACCACACGCUCAACAAGACGCUCUGCUUUCUCGCAGUCCACGAAUCGUUCGGCCAGCUGCAAAUACUGCACAACUUCGUCAAGCGCUUCGAGCACGGCGACAUCCAGAUGACCUCGAAAGUGCUGCAGAACACCAUCGACACGUUUGUGCAGCUGGUCCAAAACUCGGACGCCAUCACAGAGUCGGCCAAGGCGACGGCUGUGGCGAAGAUCAAAAGUCUGUGCCAAGAACGAUGUGCCGUGAGGGUGUCGAACAGGCGUAUCCUGGACUGGCUGUACAGAAGCUUUCCCAACAGCUCUUCGAGCUUCUUCGACCUCUGGCUCAGCACACGAAAGGCGCUCGUGGCCCUGCUCAAGUCCGGGAAUCCUCACCCGGUGAUGACGGCCCGCUUCAAGUGGCGUACGCAGAAUAUCCGCUACCUGCACUCCAUCAACUUCCUGCAGGUCAGAAUGUUCGCCUUCUACCCACCCUCCUUCUACAUCCACGGCUCGCCCUCGAUGUCGUACAGUGGACUGGGCUUCCAGAUGGCCAGCAGCAUCGCCAAUGCCGUCGUCGGACGCGGCCGAAGCAUCGACGAGGGCCUCUCGAGACGCUUCUGGUUUUCGUCUCUCAAAAGCUGCCGUUGGGACGAGGCUAGCUCGGUGCACGACAAGCGCUUCAUUAAGGAACUGUUCGCCCUCAAGCUGGCUGUCAAAGCCCUGGAAAGCACGGCUGCCGGUGACAAGGCGUUCUUGCAGCUGCAGCCCUUGGAGACACUGACGGGCAGGCAGACCUUCUACGCCAGCUUCUGCAGCCGGUUCUGCCAUCGCGUCGAUGGCGAAAACUGGUGCAACCUCGCCAUGCACGAAGACGGUUAUAGCCGCGCUUUUGGCUGCCAUUCCGUGUGGCCCAGAUACAUGAAAGUCGAUCCAGAGUGCCUUGUUGUGUAG